UAGAGAUCCUCAGACUUCUCCAGUUCUACUCACCGCACACACCAAAAUCUACACCAAAUCAACCAAAUACGACCAUGCCUACCAUGAAAGCUCUUGUCACUGUCGAGGGCAAAACCGCCGCUGUACAAACCAUCGACCGACCUUCACCAGAAGCUGGCGAGAUUCUUGUCAAGAUCCACUAUGUCGGUCAAAAUCCCACCGACUGGAAGGCCAUGAUGGGCGUCCCGCCUGGUCGCAUCAUUGGAUGUGAUUUUGCUGGCGAGGUCGAGGAUCCUAAUGGAAGUCACUGGAGCAAGGGUCAGCGAGUCGCCGGCUUCGUCCAGGGAACAGCCAUCAAUCCCACCCGAGGAGUGUUUGCUGAAUAUGCCGUCAUUGAGAGCAGUCUAGUCUACCCUAUUCCUGAGGGCACCUCCUUCCAAGAGGCCGCCACAAUUCCGCUUGCUUUUUCAACCGCCGUUCAGGCCAUGUUUCAGCGUCUCGCCUUACCCGAGCCAACCAAGCCAUCCAAAGAUGCUCUUCCCAUCCUGAUCAAUGGCGCCACUUCCAGUGUGGGCGUAUAUGCUGUUCAGCUUGCCAAACUAGCUGGCCUAUUCGUUGUCGCCACCGGAUCCAAGAGAAACCAUGAGUUUCUUUUGUCACUGGGCGCUGACGCUGUCGUCGACUACAACGAUGCAGACUGGCCCGAGCAAGUGAAAAAGCUCACCAACGACAAGCUCGAGCAUGUUUUUGAUUGUAUCUCCGAGAAUGGUACUCCUCAAGCCAGCGCCAGGGCAAUCUCAUCUACCAACGGUGGCCACAUUCUGACCAUACUGCCGGUAAAGCAUAUCAAUGAUUCUGGGGAGAUUGACAAGAUUAACAAGAAAAUCAAACUUGAAAGUACAAUUGUGUACACAGUCUUCGAGAGAGCGCUGCAGUAUGGUGCCUUUGACAAUCAUGGUGGAUUGACUCCCAAGGACCGGGCCUUUUGGGAGAAGUACCUGGCCCUGAUCCCGGACCUCCUCAGGGCCGGCAAACUCAAGGCCAACCGAGUUCGCGAGAUGGGGACGAUUGAUGACAUCAUGAAGGGAUUCCAAGAACAGCAGGAAGGCAGAGUCAGGGCCGAAAAGCUUGUGUAUAAGAUUGCAUCUUGAAUGAUUGAAAUGGGAGAAUUAGCAUAAAUCGAACUGCCAUAUAUACUAUGUAUUCCACCGUUGCCGAUGUGAGCUUUCGCAUCAAUGUUCCGCCGUAAAAAUGCUCCACUGCAUAAACUCUG